CGCUGGCAGCGCGCAGCGAAGUUCCCGGGGCCGGGCCGGGACCGGCCGAGAGCGGGUCCAUGGGCCGAGUCCUGCCGCGCUGCGGGGCGGCGCUGUGCCUGCUGCUGCUGCUGGGGGCUGUAGCCCUACGGGGGGGCCACUCCCGCCUGCACUCCAGGCGCAUAUUGGACACGGUGGUGUCGGAGCCCAGCCCGGGGCUGCCCUGGUUCAGCCGUGUUGUGUACGCGGACGAUCAAGUCAUCUUGUACUACACCAGCGAGAUGCAGAGGGUGGAGCCUCGCCCAGUGUGGAUGGCACAGAACAAGGAUCUGGAGUUCUGGAACGAGAUGACAUGGUGGGCACAGCGCCACCAGAAAUGGUACAACGGGAGUCUGAACACCCUGGGUCAGCUCUACAACCGGACCGAGGGUGAGUGAAGGACACAACCCGACCUAGGGUACAGGGACAUGGGGUGU